GCCCUCUCGCGCUCUAUGUGCAAUAAAAUGAAUUGUGUUAUUUAAAAAUGCAUACUAAAUACCUCAAACUUAGAUCUAAAAAUAUGCUACAAAAAACUCGUAUAGCACUCCCAACUUUUCAACGAAGAAAUUUUUUCGGAGCCGUAUUUCACACGAACGAUGGGCGAAUUUAACUACCUAUAAAACUUAAAUUAUUUCAUAUUUAACCACUUACCUGUCUGUAAUUUUUAUCCAAUUUGCAGCCAUAACUCCGAAAACUUCGCGCGGAAGAAAAUUUUAAUGUUCACUACUCGGCGCACAACGAAAAAUUGAUUUCUGCAGAUGCGAGAAAAGCCGCCUGCGAAAAUGCCGUUUGGUAUAUCAAAAUGGCUUCGUUUGCGCUGAACAGUGCCGCCAACAUCACACGGUAUUGCCAACCAUUUGUCUCACUGCAGGAAAAAUAUUCAAAUACGUCAGUAUAAUAUUAUUUUACAUUAUUUGAGUUUUAAAAUUAUAAAGAAUGACAAUUUUUAUAAUAACAAUAAAACCCAACAUGUAUACGGGCUUAAUUUUAAGAAUUAAAAUGCUCAUCAUAAUAUUAUAAUAUUCAAAGAUUGAAAUACCGGCAGCACUGGCGUCAAUGGCGCUACCAACUAUUGUUUGUUUUUAUGCCUCAGCUGUUUACUCAACUUGACUGCGAUUUUGUUAUUUUUGAAUAGCAGAUUUUUAUUAUAAAAAACUUGAGAAUGACGGCCACAUUACGUUAUCGAGGCGAAAAAAACAACCUUAUUGAGAUAGCAAAAAAUUUAGACGCAUUCAAAAAGGUGCCUGAGAAAUAUACAGAGGCAACGGAAAUCGGUGGUACAUUAUCCUUGCUCAGUCGCCUGCUCAUUAUUUACCUCAUAUACAAGGAAGUAUGCUAUUACAGGGAAGCAAAUCUCAUAUAUCAAUUUGAGCCGGACAUUGACAUGGACGAUAAGGUACAAAUGCACGUCGAUAUCACAGUGGCCAUGCCAUGUUCAUCUCUUUCGGGCGUCGAUCUCAUGGAUGAAACACAACAGGAUGUUUUUGCAUACGGUACAUUGCAACGUGAAGGUACCUGGUGGGCUUUGCCAGAAGAAGAACGACUACAAUUCGAACGUAUGCAACAUAUGAAUACCUUUUUACGAGAGGAAUAUCAUUCAGUUGCGGAUAUACUUUUUAAAGAUAUCAUUAAAAACAAUGAAGUGAAUGUGAAGCCUUUGGAAAGUGCCAAAUCACUGCCUGAAGAGCGUUACGAUGCUUGCCGGCUGCAUGGAACCUUGGGCAUUAAUAAGGUCGCUGGUGUCCUGCACUUAGUUGGCGGAGCGCAACCGUUUGUGGGUCUCUUUGAAGAUCACUGGACGAUCGAUUUUCGGCGAACAUCAGCCAAUUUCACUCAUCGCAUCAAUCGCCUGAGUUUCGGACAAUAUUCGCGCCGGAUAGUACAGCCAUUGGAGGGAGAUGAAACUGUGGUAGUAGAUGAAGAGACGACAGUUCAGUAUUUCUUAAAAAUCGUACCAACCGAAAUUCACAACACUUUCACGACCAUCAAUACGUACCAGUAUUCGGUAACGGAGAAUGUGCGUCAACUAGAUUCAAUCAAGAACUCAUAUGGCUCUCCUGGCAUUUACUUCAAGUACGAUUGGUCGGCUUUGAAGAUCAUCGUGCGCACCGAUCGCGAUAAUCUCCUGCAAUUCAUAGUUCGUUUGUGCUCAAUAAUUGCUGGUAUUAUCGUUAUUUCAGGCAUUUUAAACUCUUUGCUGGUGUCACUGCAGCGUGCAACCAUUAACACAUUAGCGCCGCAACUUUUACAGCACUCAAAGCAAAAGCGUGCAUCGUUCCAUGGGGACACAGGCUCCGAGAUUCCUAUUGCCGCAAAUGUGAGCUUACUAAGUGCGCAGCCCGCAAGCCCGAAUAAUCUCAUCAAUAUGGCGAACAGCAUGUCGAACAGUGUAAGCCUACUGAGUGCAAGCAUUGCACCCACGACCAGCGACGCUACGACCUACGUGCCCAUAGCUGUGGAUGAACCGCCGCAAGCGAAGUAGUGCAUUCGCACAUUAAUUUUUUUAAUACAGUCGAUGAUAACGCCAAUAAUGGAUUAACCAACUGCUUGAAUCUCUACUGAUCGCCGUUUGCCUGCAUUUAUAUUAAUUAUGUAUGCUGAAAGCGUGAGGUUUAUUAGCGCUUUUUAAAACAAAAGUUAAUAAUUGUAAAGAAUUAAUUAAUCUCGUUUAUUAGUAAAAUAUACUUACGAGUAUUUCAUGUGUACAUUACUGCUUUUAAUCUGAAAAUUAUUUAUUUAGUUCUUAACUAAUAAACAUUCCACAGUUUAAUCAAAAUAAUAAAAUAUAUAUUUCUUUAUAGUACCUAAA